AUGCUUCUAAAAACAAUCCUUUUUACACUACUUACCAUAUACUGUGCCACAGUUUUGGCAAGUAAAUAUUCUAUAACAAUUACAUCCGAAGACACAGAUUAUAAAAGUGACUCCGAUAAUAUACAAGGUUCUACACCUCAAGAAGUAGACAAUCAGGUUUCUAUCCAUAUUGGAGAUGGAACGGACUCUACCGAAUUAUUACAAGAAAUAUUUAAAGCCAACUCAUUGCAAUUUACAGAUGUCCCAGAUUCACCUACAUUUUUUAAAGCAAAGAAUACAAGAACUGACUUUGAUCUUGUCAAGGGAAUGUUCCCAGAUUCUUUGGCUAAGAUGGAUGAUCCUAGUGAUUUCAUGGAUAUCAUAAUGAAGGAUGGUAGAUUUGCAAAUGUCAGACAUAUAAUAAAAGAAAUCAUAGAAGAUAUUGAUGAAGAUGAGGAUGAGGAUGACGAAGAAGAUACUAGCGAUUUCUUCUUUGAAGGUGAGGAAGAAUAUGAGGGCGAUAGUGAUGAUGAUGAUGAUCAAGAAGAAAAUGACGAAGACUUUUAUUUUCUUAAAGAAAAGCAACUUGUGAGAAAGGAUAAUAAGUACUUUACUCAGGAUUUACCUAUAUCUACACUAUUAAAAUCCCAAACGAUUCUAACUACUACCGCCACACGCAUUCCGUUCUUUGAUAGUAGCAAUUCAAUGUUGUACAAUAUCAGUACUGUAAAAAUGAAGAAAUCAUUCUCAAUAACUCCACAGGUCAUUACAACUCAUUUCCCCUCGCGACUGUUUGUCGUAACUAGUAAAAAUAAUCCCAAUACAUUUAAGAAUAAUAACAACACUAUCCCAGAAAUUGAAAAUAAUAGUCAAGCAAAUAAACGAUUCAAUAUAUUUAAACCGUAUUAUUUGAUUGGCUUACUUUCCGUUUUAGUGUUAUUAAUUUUUGACCAGUGA